AGGAAAACAAAGACAAACAGAAAUACACGUGGGAUGUUCUCAUUGGAUGGCGGGUGCGAGCAUGUAGAGGCCAAGAAUGCACAACGGCCUAUAUAAAUGCCGUUUCCUUCGAUGCAACGCAGCGGUCCCGCACGUUACGAGCCUGGAGAUGGAUUCAUCAACCACGAUGUGGUUCUUCCGAUCGGUGGGAGUUGAAUCGGAUCCCAAGCUCUUUUAAUUAUAAGAUGAAUGCAGCUUCUACGAGAAUAAUCCUUCGCUUUUCUCCGCAUCCGAAGCCAGUGUUCUUCGAUCCAGAGUUGUUGAUCCGGUAAAUUUCCAUCGCUUGCUGAUUAUUGGUCGUCUUCCAUGAUUUAGGGGCGGAAAAAUCCGGUUUUUGUUCCCCUUUUUCCUUCGAUUUGGGACGUUUGAUCUGUUGGAGGUCCCAAUGUGGGUGGCAGGAAUUAGGGAUUUCUGGUGAUGGCGGAACCCGAAGUCAUUGCUUUGAGAGAAGCUAUUCGGAGUCGAUCUACAACUCUGGAGAAACUUUAUGGAGAGCUGGAGGAGGAACGGGAAGCUGCGGCAUCUGGAGCGGACGAAGCUCUAUCCAUGAUCGUGCGCCUGCAGGAAGAGAAGGCAGCCGAGAAGAUGAAGGCGAGCCAGUACAAGAGAUUGGCGGAGGAGAAGCUGCGGCACGCCAAGGAGUCCUCGACGAUUCUGAAAGACGUCAUAUUUCAGAAGGAGAUGGAGAUUGCAUCCCUCGUGUAUCAAGUGCAGGCCUACAAGCACAGGCUGUUAAGUUUGGGUCUCAGAAAUAUGGAUGAUGAUGUUAUGAUGAGGAAUGGCAACCGGUGCAGGACAAGCUUGGUUAGGAACAUCUCUUUACCUGCGCUUCUCCUGGAAGAACUAUCAUCAGGGCUUCAUGUUACUGAAAAUUUGUAUUGUGGCAUUGCUGACAACAUGGAGUUCGGUGAAGAGCACGAUGCAGCCAAAUUGCAUGAGUUUAUGAAUUUGGCUAGAUCAGAAACAGCAGAAGCACACAGAAGAGCAACAGAGUGGCAGCAAAAACUCGAGUAUCAUGAUAAAUUUCACAUGAAUUCUAGGAUGGUGCCUGUGAAAAUGAGACAGAAUCCUGGUUGUUCAUGGUAUCUACAACUAGCAGCGAGUGACGACAACAAAUUCGACAAUUCAACAUCGAACAUAAAGUCAGAUGAAGGCAGCAUUUAUCAAACAAAAUCAGUCAAUUUGCAAGACUUCCAUGAUGUUCAGGAGAAUCACAAUCGUCCAAGCGGGUCUAGAACAUGCAGCCAACUUUCGCAAGAACAUUUCGAAACCAAAUGCAUGAACAGAGUGCCAAUUGCAAGACAGGAAGAAGCUAUGUGCAACCUCCCGAAAGAUCAGCACAACAAUUUUUUCUCGCAUGCCCAUCAUAAGAACAAAUUGUACCAACCAUGGGAAGAGGCACCGAUGGAUUGUCCUCCAACACCUGGAAAUUCUCAUGAUGCAGUUUCUUUAUCUCACAAUGAUCUUGAGCAACUAAGAAUGCUGAUGCAGAAAUUUAAAGACGACAUGAGAGAUACGAAGCAGGAAAAUCUCGAGCGAGGCAGAAAACAGUUGCAGUCAUUAAGGAGAAUAAUCAAGCAUCUUGAUUCUAUAGAAUCACAAGUUAACAACACAGAGUUUGAGCACGAUCAAGAGGAUGAUUCUCAAUUUACGUACCUUGUGGAGGCAAUGCUACAUUUCUGGCUUUAGUCUUGUCAAAUUGGACCUUUGGCAUUGAGAGGCUCGUCUUCAUCCAAGGUUCAUUCUAAAAGU